CGGACCCAGCCCCAGCGUCGCCAAUCGGCUUCCCUCUUGGAGAGAGUGGACCAAUCAGCGUCAGUCUUCGAUGAAUAUUCAUGAGUCCGAGAUUCAAACCUUUGAGCGAGUUUGUGUUGGUCCACAGCAUCAUACCUAGGACUUUUCACAGGGACAAACUGCAUUUUCUUAUGAAUGGAAAGAGAAAAAAUCAGCGCGGCUUAAAUUGGGACUCGUCCUUCACUGAGAUCAUAGACGGAAAACAACAAAAGCGAGACGAGGGCAACCGCCAGAAGAGAUGACAAUGACUACAAUUCCAGAAAGUCUUAAUAGCCCUGCCUCAGGAAAAGCAGUUUUCAUGGAGUUUGGACCCCCGAGUCAACAAAUGUCGCCGUCCUCCAUGUCGCAUGGACACUACCCCAUGCACUGUUUACAUUCUGCAGGUCAUACCCAGCACGACAGCUACAGUCCAGGCUCAUCGUUCCCCAGGUCUUUGGGUUAUCCAUACGUCAACUCCGUCGGCAGCCAUUCCACAAGUCCAUAUCUGAACACAGUACAGACCUACCAAAACAGCUCGGCUCUCACACAGACGCGGUUAGAGGACACAGCGCCAGAGACAGAGAAAAACACGGUGGUGGAAGGCGGAGAAGUGCGAUUUAACGGCAAAGGGAAGAAGAUUAGAAAACCCAGGACUAUCUAUUCGAGUUUACAACUUCAAGCUCUGAACAGAAGAUUUCAACAAACUCAGUAUUUGGCGUUACCGGAGAGAGCGGAACUGGCAGCGUCGCUGGGUCUCACUCAGACACAGGUGAAGAUCUGGUUUCAGAAUAAGCGAUCUAAAUUCAAGAAACUCAUGAAGCAAGGAGGCGGCACAAUUGACGCCAGUGCUUUGGCCACUGGCCGUGGACUUUCGAGCGGCUCUCCGUCGGUGGCACCUGUGUGGAGCUCGCCGACUACAGUGAAGACGUCAGUGGGCACGACCGGAUCAUACAUUCCCAGCUACACCUCAUGGUAUCCAACCACACACCAAGAGUCUAUGCAACAGUCACAGCUCAUGUGAACACGGACCUCAGCCCGCGACUCUGCUCGUGCGUGGCUCGUGUGUCAAGAUGGUGAAGGAAGGCGCUCACAACCUCGCAGCGCGGCACCGCACUGAUAACGCACAACACCAAACCCGGUGUUUGAUUGCCGCGUGGCGCCAGCUCACACCGUGACCUCCUUAAACCGGAUGACAGACAGCAGCAAAGAAGAGAAAGAAGGAGGAGAAGAAAAAUAAAGCAGCAGAGACUGAAAAAGCGCACAGUGUGCGCCAAAGGGCAACACGUCUGUCAUAGUCAGCGGAAAUCGUGGACAAAUGGAUCUCUCUUUUUUUGGCUGCUAUUUAUCACUUUUGUGUCGGUUUUUUUUUUGUUAUUUUUUUAAAACAUAUGUGUGUGAGUUAUUCUGUUGUUGCGCUGUAGGCGUCAUGUUUAUGAUAAAACGUGUUUGUUUACGUCAGAAGUCCAGAUGCCCGAGGCGACAAAGGCCUAAAAAAUGUAUCAAUCUGCAUCCACCAAAGGUUAAUUAGGCCGCAGGGAUGUUGUAAGCAGUGGCACAGACACUUCAGGGACUCAAAUAAAAAAAAGGGACACCCCCUCAUCAUUAUUAAUCGGAAAAAAAUUAUAAUAUUACAGUGAAAAAGCUUGUACCUAUUUAUUUAUUUCAAUAAACAUAAACUCGUGCAUAUGUUGAAUAGGUUUCUACAAAAUGACAAUUUAAAAAUUGAUGAUAUGAUAAAAAAUAAAUAAAUAAAUAUAGAAUUAGAAAAAAAAUGUCUUUCAAAAGGGGGGAUCCUUACCUGGUGAUUGGACAAAAGGGACAGGUGCUUAAACACCACCUGAGAUCUCUCUGUGCACGUCCACGGCUCUAACAUCUGAAACAUUAUCUACACGUCACACACCAGCACAUUCAGCCACAGAGCAUAUUAUAUCGUUCAAAAGCCUCAAAUUGCUACUAUGUUGUUUCUACGUGUUUGUUAUUUAAGUUUAAAUUAUUAUCCUGGCCUCCUUUUGUUCCAUGUCUGUGUUCCUUUUGUAAGUGUGUGUUUUUUGAAAUAACAACACUGUGUUGUUGGAGCUGCACUAAUGCAAGCGACGCUUUUUCUAUGCCGUGCGACGAUGUUCUGUGAAAAAUGUAAACGGCCUGACGAAGUUGCUGCUUUAGAAAAAAAAAAUAUCCCGAGGGUGAGAGCAGCUCAUGUGUCACUGUAUUUUGUACAUAAUUUUCAGAUCUUUUUUGUUUGUUUGUUUUUGUUUUGUGCUGUAUACUGGAUACGCUGUGAAACAGGGUUUUAGGCUUUCUUUAUGUGUCGAGAUGUGUUUAGUCAAAAUAGAGGAUAUUUAGUUUUGUAUUGAUCACUUUAAUUUAUUGAUCUGUUUCUGAAGUUUGUGUACAUCAUGUGCAAAGUUUCAAAAGCAGUAAAAAAAAAUAUGAUUUCAAUUAUGUCAAGAAAGGUGUCUGAUUUAAGAUCCUCUCCCUCUUUCCCUCUCUGUCUCUCUGCACCCUCUUCAUCUCCUCGUGUGGAAAAGAGAAAUGUUCUAUGAGUGCGUCUGUGUUGAAGAUUUAUGGUUAUGUUUAGCAUUUAGCCUCAUGUGCUGCUGCUGCUGCUGCUGCUGCUGCUGAUAGUGACUGAAUGCAGAUGUUGUCAAACCUCUGGAGUGACUCAAGAAUUAUGGAAAUCCAAUGCUGAAAAAUGAAUGCAUGCAUCGCGAACAUGUGGUUAAGCUUCACAACACGGAGCAGAAUUCAGGGCAGGAAGCUUGUGUGAUAAACACUGCAGAAACCACAGUGAAUCCAUGUGAGCGCUCACUGGUGUUGUUGUGAUUUCAGCGCGUCUGUGCGGGAGACAGAGCGAGAGUGAGCGUGGCUUCAUUCAACAACGUCGCUUCUUUCUUUUUUUAAACUUUUCCUUCAGCUAAACUCGAUCAUUUUUUUUUCUCCGUUCGCCUUUGACAAUCCCGGUGUUCUGCUGUGAAUGGGAUGUAGAUCAAUUGAGUGUGUUAAGUGAAUAAUUGCGCCAGAGGCAGGUGCUGUAAAAAAAAGAAAAAAAAAGAGUGGAUGAGCUGGGACACUGCGGGGCGGAUCAGAUGGAGACCAGUGAAAGUGAAAAGUUCAAAGGCCUUCUUGUUAUGAGGCACUUUAUUCCUCUGCCCCGUGACACGAGCUCUGCAGUGGUUGAUCUUAUCAAAUUCACACAAAUCCACGUAAAUAAUAGAGAACGUUUGUUUUUAAUUUUGCGCUUGUAUAUAUUUAUUUUUUCAUUUUUAGAAAAAUAAAAAUAAAAAACGGCAGUAAAAUUAAUUGGAGGUGGAAACUAAGCCUUCACAUUAACUA